AUGUCGGGCAGCAGCAUGUCUGAAACCAAAACCAGCCAGCGGUUCCACAGCCUGAAUGCCGAACAGGUCGAAGUUCUCCAUCAGGUCCUGUCUGAGGUGGUCCCCAUCCACGGACGCGGGAACUUCCCCACGCUGGAGCUGCGUCCUCGAGAUAUCAUCAUAGCCGUAAGGACCAGGCUGCAGAAGCAGGGGAUCACUGUGAGAGAUGUGCGCCUGAACGGCUCCACGGCCAGCCACGUCCUUGUCCGAGACAACGGGACAAGCUACAAAGACCUGGACAUCAUCUUUGGAGUGGAGCUGCCCAGUCAGGAGGAGUUCCAGGUUAUUAAAGAGUCCGUGCUGUGCUGCUUGCUGGACUGCCUGCCUGCCGGCGUCAACAGAGAGCGGAUAAGCAGCUCGACGAUGAAAGAGGCCUACGUCCAAAAAAUGGUGAAGGUCUUCAAUGACAAUGACCGCUGGAGCCUCAUCUCCCUCUCAAACAACAGCGGCAAAAACCUGGAGCUCAAAUUCGUUAGCGUGUUGCGGAGGCAGUUUGAGUUCAGUGUUGACUCCUUCCAGAUCAUUCUGGAUCGCCUCCUGGAGUCCUACAUGCAACAGGAGUCACGGCAGAGAAAUAAUAGAGUCGAGCUGAAGCAGCAGGAGAGGCAAAGUAAAGCCUCUCAUUCUCCACUCAAACAGGCCACUGCUCCAGAAACAGAUAGGCCUGUUGGUGGAGAGUCCUCCAGCAAAGAGGGGGAUCAGGUUAGCCAGACUCAGCAGAAAGAUGAGGUGCAUGAGAAGGAGUCACAGACAGACCUCUUACAACAGACUCAAAAUUCCAAUCACACAACACAGUCUAAAGUGGAAGAAGACGAAAAAGACAAGAAACCUGCAGAGCUGAAGGAAAUGUCACAACACAGGGAGACAGACAUCUCUGACCAGACAUCCUCAAACCCUUUGUCGGAGACCUCUGAGAAAACUGAAACACCAGCUCAGACUGAACUCACAGAUGAGUCAGAGCUCUUGGAUAAGACCAAACGCUCAACACAGGUAGAAGAGUGCGAGCAAACCCAGACCUGUGACAGCCCACAACCAGCACAAUCAAACCACAAGGAACUCCCAGUCCAGAAAGAACCGUCCGACCACACAAACUCCUCAGACGAACAGAUAGAUCUCACAGAGCAGAUCGGACAGUCUGAGUUGCCAAAAGCCUCAAACAAUAGGCAGGCAGAAGUAGAGGAAUCACACACAACAGAGCGCACUGAUCAAUCAGACUUCUGUGAGGGUUUCAGUGAGGAUCAGAGGAACAAUGAGAAAGAUAACGCAGAACAUGUGUCUGCUCCAGUAACUGACACAUCUCUACAUGCUAAGGAAGAGACACAGUCAGCAGAUGAAGGAAUCGUUGAAACUGAGACAGGCGAGCAGAUACAGCUAGAAAGGAAAAAUGGAUCAGAAACUAGCGAAGAGACAGAAGAGGUUUCAGCACCAGAAGCCAAAAACAUAGAAGACACACAGGGAAUUAAUUGUUCCUGUUCAUUCUCUUCAGAAUCUCUAACAUUUCACAACACACAGCAUACAACAGAGAUUCAAAGCACAGAUAAUUCAGAAAAAUCCCCCAGCGUACUUGACGCCGCUAACCCUACAGAUACUCAGGAUAUUUCCCCUGUAUUUUCCAGCCUUAGUUCUGACAUAAAGACCUCCUCCUCUCCUCCGUCCUGUAAGUCCUCAGAGAGACUGUCUCACAUGGUGGUGCUCAAACACUCCUCCCCCAAACCUCCUCGCAGGAUGUGCAGGAAGGUUACCCACAGUCCUUACCCCACUCAUGUGUCUGAAAGUGAACCUAUCACAGUGUUCUGUCUAGAUCUCAUCUCCUGCGCCAGCCCUGAACUUGAGGUAGCCUUAAACCCAGAGUCGACAGCUCCAAGUUCAGAUGCUCCAACUACCACAUCAACCGGUAUCUCUGUGAAAACAACCCCUGAGCCUGAAUCCAUCCCUUCCACCAACCUACCCUCAAAUCUAGAGCCUACCUUAGCUCCAGAUGCAGCCCCUGAUAUCACAGCAACUGCUAUUGAACUCAUGUCUUUACCCCAAGAGCUGCCCUCCUUGUCUCAGCCGGUCGCAGAGGGUUCAUGUGAGACAUGUAUUCAGAACUUAGAGGAGACACCAUCUACACAUGAGGCGUUUGAUGAGCAAAGCCAGUCCUCGCCUGGAAAAACUGUCUCAACUCCCAGCCAAUCAGAGCCUCUGGACUCGGAGGACGGAUCAGUUUCACACACUGAUGCAUCAGCCUCAGGUUCCCAGGAACCUGCACAUACCUCAGAUGUUGAGCUCAGUAAUGAAGAUGAAGACAGAGAGACCCAAAUUUCAGAUCAGAAUCAGCCCAACAAUAACCCACAAGCGAUGGCACUCACCCCCGUUACCUCUCUCACCCCUCCAGUACUCAGCCUGUCCCCUCCCUGCUUCACCCCCUUGCCCCUCAGCCUCAGCCCUCCCCCGUGUCUUAGCCCUCCCCCUCCGUUGCCCAGCGUCGUCAGCCUCACCACUAGCUCUAUCUCCACGCCCCUGAGUUUCAGCCCUACCUCAUCCUGCCUCAGCUCGCCUCCGUACCUCACUCCCCCUAUGCUCAGCCUUAGCCCUCCCCCACUCUGUCUCACCCCACCUUCCCCCUGUCUCAGUCCUCCCCUCCUCUGCCUCACCCCCCCGGUGGAGUCAGAGGAUCUCGUACCUCAGGUAUCUCCAGACACGGAGCCUUUGAUAUUGAACACUGACAGCGAGGAGCAGAUUAAAGAAUCAUCCCCUCAGCCACAGGUUAGUCUACUGCAGUUAGAGGAUAAAAAGGAUGAUGAUUAUAUCUCGCCGUUGCCUGGGGUUGCAGAGCCUGUCUCUUUUCCGAUCACCAUCGCGAGCUCAACCUUGCCUGUGCUGCCUCACUCUCAGUCUGGAAGCCCAGGGGAAUCUAGCCCUCCAAAAGCUGAAGAGGCCUCCAGCUUGGUGCCUGAGAUCAGAGAGGCCCCUGAGCUAACCACAGACUUUCCUGAACAGAGCAAUGCUCCUUGGGUAUCUGGCUUGGUCCCUGCUGUCGAGGUCCUGGCAGAGAGCAUGUACGGUGACUUCAAAGCAGCCAUGGACCACCUUCACUACCGCCUAAUCGCCACCAGGAACCCAGAGGAGAUUCGGGGUGGUGGCUUAUUAAAAUACAGCAACUUGUUGGUCAGGGACUACCGACCGGCCAGCGAGACUCAGAUAAAGACACUGGAGCGCUACAUGUGCUCACGAUUCUUCAUUGAUUUCCCUGAUGUGCAGGAGCAGCAGAGAAAGAUCCUAUCCUACUUGAAGAACCACUUCAUUGGCGAGGAGAGGAGCAAGUACCAGUACCUGAUGACGCUGCGUCGCGUGGUGGAUGAUAGCACGGUGUGUCUGAUGGGACACGAAAGGCGUCAGACACUGAAUAUGAUCACAGUGCUGGCGCUGAAGGUUCUAGGAGAGCAGAACAUAAUUCCCAACACAGACCAUGUGACAUGCUUCUACCAGCCUGCCCCGUACCUUGCAGAGCACAGUGCCCCCUAUCUAGCAGAACCCAGCUACUGCAGCUAUUACAUACCCCAAGGGGGAUCAACUCUGCUUUACCAACCUUACCCCUUACACCUGCACACACAAACUGGACUAGUGUAAAGCACACACUCACAUAUACAAACACACACACACACACACACUCUCUCAAACACGCAUAACACAAGGGGAAAGGUGCUUGCCAUGACGAAAAAAACUGGAGAAUGGAAAUAUUUUCCAGGGAUAAACUGUUUGGUCUAUAAUAGACCUAUGCGGGCAGGAUUGAGUGGGUUUUACAGUAAACUCCCAGAGUUCUCUGUGAGGUUCAAACAUAAUUAUAUGUAAUUAUCUGGGCUUUGUGGGAAAAUAAUAAUUCUUCCGAUAUUGUUAGAAUUCCAGAAAAUGCUGAAUGCACUGCAUGAGUCAUCGCCCUUUGGUCUCCCUGGGAAACCAACUGUGCUGUUGACAUUCACACACAUGCACGGACACAAACACACACAAACAUACACGUACAUGCGCAAACACACUUCCAGGUUCUUGAAUUGUCGUACACUUUUUUCAUGUUCUUACUGUGUUGUUCUUAAUGGCAUUGUUCAGAAUGUGGACCUUGCCUGUGGUUGAUAUUGUGCAUGGAUAAAUUAGGACUGUUCUCUCACUGCCAAAUACUGUGUGACUACUAUGCUUCUUAACCAGUUUAAUGUAACGUUGUUAUUCUUUUACUGACAGGGGUGUUUUCUGAAAAGAUAUUGAAGGACAAGUCUGCCGGUGUGUACAGUACUUUUAUCAAAAUGCACACAUGCAUGAAUAACAAAAACACACAAAUAUACAUGCAUACAUGCAUACAUACGUACAUACAGUAUAUUGUAUGCACACAAAGUUAGACAAUGCAUGAGUAGCUGAAUAUAUAAUUCACAUCCUGAAGUCGAAGCAAAGGCUUUUAAUAUAAAACAAAUCUAUCUAUUUUUGCAAAGAUAAUACUCAGUGGUAAACAGACUGGUUUGUUCCUACAGAAAAAUGCCAACAACAAUGCCUUUGCAAUAGACUGUACUGCUCAUCGAUUACAGUAUAUUGUGUGCAAAUACACUGAAUUGUUUUCAGGUAAAUUGUGUUGAGACGUAGUGCUUGAUUUCUUUCCUCGUGGAGUCUUUUCUGUAAUCACGUGAAGUAUUGUACCAUCUAGAGAUGAUUUUUUUUAAUGCUAAUGUUUACUUAAGUGGAGGUAGUCAGGUUACAACCAUCUUUGGGUCACCUCUAAACAUGGCAGACGCACGUCUGUCAGAACUUGAAGGAAUUCCAUUUAAACUCCUCGCAGCCUGAAUCAGCAUCCUCAAUUUAACUCAGUUCAGAAUCAACAUGUUCAAAUCCACAUCAAACCUGUUUGAAUCUAAGUUGAGAUCCGUGCAACAGCAGACUAUGACCAAAGAUGGUUCGGUAGGGAAAUCAAGUGCCUAAAUGUGAGACAUGAUUGGCAUGUCUUUAUCUCACUGCACUGGGGGUGUUACUGGGGUGGGCUCGGGGUUGGGUUCGGGUGUGUGUUCAGUUGUUGACCCCUGUUAUUGCUGCCUGUUUUGAUGUCUUC